GCACGGCACCGACCCCGCACCAAGCCAACGGAAACCGAGCACCCGCACCCGCACCCGCCCGGGGUGGAAUUGGGAACUGAGAAGGAAAAAAAAACACCCACACCCACACCCGCUCUGCCCCAUCCGCGCGCCCCUCCUCCUCCACCGCCCGUCCCGCCGCCGCCCGGCCGUCUGGUGGCGAUGGCGUACCGGGCGGACGACGACUACGACUACCUCUUCAAGGUGGUGCUCAUCGGCGACUCCGGCGUCGGCAAGUCGAACCUGCUCUCGCGCUUCACGCGCAACGAGUUCAGCCUCGAGUCCAAGUCCACCAUCGGCGUCGAGUUCGCCACCCGCAGCAUCCACGUCGAGGACAAGGUCGUCAAGGCCCAGAUCUGGGACACCGCCGGCCAGGAAAGAUACCGCGCUAUCACGAGCGCGUACUACCGCGGAGCGGUAGGGGCGCUGGUCGUGUACGACGUCACGCGGCACGUCACCUUCGAGAACGUGGAGCGGUGGAUGAGGGAGCUGAGGGACCACACGGACGCCAACAUCGUCAUGAUGCUGGUAGGGAACAAGGCGGACCUGCGCCACCUCAGGGCCGUCCCGACCGAGGACGCCAAGGCCUUCGCCGAGCGCCAGAACGCCUUCUUCAUGGAGACGUCGGCCCUGGAGGCGAUGAACGUGGAGGACGCCUUCACCGAGGUGCUCGCGCAGAUCUACCGCGUCGUCAGCAAGAAGGCGCUCGACAUCGGCGACGACCCCGCCGCGCCUCCCAGGGGCCAUACCAUCAACGUCGGCGGCAAGGACGACGUGUCCGCGGUCAAGAAGUCUGCCUGCUGCUCGUCUUAGCUUGAGAGGAUAGAGCGUGUACUUGGGUUUGGUUGUUGAUACUUCAGCACUAGAGGGCACAUGACGUUAUUGCAGUCAUGGUCCUCGAUCUGUAUUCAUUCGUUUCCAGGUGUCUCGUUGAUUUUGCCAUUUGAUUCAUUCAGGACUUGGGCCUUUCUGGUGUAGUGUAGGGAUACCUUGUUCCUUUUAUUUCUUGUACCUGCAUACUGUCGCUUCUCUUAUCAAACUAGCUGCAUUACUUC